CAAUGACGCGAGCCGCGCUGCCCCGGUUGCCAAGGAGACGCGAAUACCGGAAAUGCGGAAUUCGGGGAGGGCGCGCGCGCUGGGGCUGUCGGAGCUCACAGGUCCUGACUGGGAACAAGUAGACAGGUCCUGGCAGGGGAGAGUUGUGGUGGCGACGGCGCGGGGUAUAGGCGGGUUUAACGGGAUGGAGUCGCGAGUCGUGGAUGCCGAGGCCCGCGAGGCUCAGAGUGCUGCGGGCGAGGGCCCAGCAAGCGGCGACGCCUCUCAGAGGCUUCCAGUCUCGGAGCCCUUGGGAGCUGCCCGGUGGAAGCUUCUGCGGCAGGUUCUGAAGCAAAAACACCUGGAUGACUGUCUGCGACACGUAUCUGUGAGAAGAUUCGAAUCAUUUAAUCUGUUUUCAGUAACAGAAGCCCAAAAAAGGACAACCGAAGAGGACGUUGGUGCAUGGAUCCAAUAUACAAGUGUCUUCUAUCCUGAGUACAGCAUUUCUUUAAGGCAUAAUAAUGGAUCUUUGAAUGUUGAAGAUGUUCUUACCAGCUUUGACAAUACAGGAAAUGUUUGCAUCUGGCCAUCUGAAGAGGUUUUGGCUUACUACUGCCUCAAGCACAGUCAUAUAUUCAGGGACCUUGCUGUGUGUGAGCUAGGGGGUGGCAUGACAUGCUUGGCUGGGCUCAUGGUUGCUAUUUCUGCAGAUGUCAAAGAAGUUCUGUUAACUGAUGGGAAUGAAAAGGCCAUCAGAAACGUGAGAGACAUCAUCACAAGGAAUCAGAAGGCUGGUGUGUUUAAAACUCGGAAAAUAUCAAGCGGCGUUUUACGAUGGGAUAAUGAGACAGAUGUCUCUCAACUGGAAGGACAUUUUGACAUUGUUAUGUGUGCUGACUGCCUGUUUCUGGACCAGUACAGAGCCAGCCUUGUUGAUGCAAUAAAGAGAUUACUCCAGCCCAGAGGGAAAGCAAUGGUAUUCGCCCCACGCCGAGGGAAUACUUUAAACCAGUUUUGCAAUCUAGCUGAAAAAGCUGAUUUCUCUAUCCAAAGACAUGAAAAUUAUGAUGAACACAUUUCAAACUUCCACUCCAAGUUGAAAAAGGAAAACCAGGAUGUAUAUGAAGAAAACCUUCAUUACCCGCUUCUGCUUAUUUUAACCAAAAAUGGAUAGAAGAUUAAGAUGUUCAAAAGACGAAGAAAACACCAAGUGCACAGGGAAUAUUUUCACAAAAACAGAAGUCUGGGAUGGGAUUUUUUUUAAAUCCUCCCUGAGGAGGCUCCCUGAGGCCCCCUGAGAUUUGUGAGCCCUCCCCCGCCCCCACCACCUUUGCAACAUUCCACAUGUGGGUUAUGGAGUCCACCUGUCCUCACUCACGUCAUUUCCAGCCUUGCUGGACUCCUCCUUUUAUCGUCUGCUCUUCUUGUGCCAAACCUUUGUUUGUCUUCAAAUAUCUAUAAACAGCCUGCGAUUUGAAUUGGACUUAUGAGAAUCCUAAAUAUUUUUCCUUUUGAGACAGAAUUUCUUUUGGUUGAUUCCCUCUCGCGCCAGCCCUUUUAGAAAAUAUCUUGGUCUUUGUUUUACUUUGUGGUGGUAGUUUUUAAUCUGUAAACAGCUAACAUCAUGAUUCUUUCCUGGUUGAGAAAAGAAAGAAAUAAAGGCAUAUCUUUCUCACCUCCCUCAAA